AUGUCAGCUAUUCCCUUAGAUUGUAAGGAUCUUUAUGAAGAUAGCAAGACAAGUUCUGGUGUGUAUAACAUUUACCCUGAUUGUACCAUUACCAGUUCUGUCCAGGCGUUCUGCGAUAUGACGACAAUGGGCGGGGGAUGGACGGCAAUUCAAAAACGAGUUACCGGAUCCCUCAGUUUUGACAGGUACUGGACGGAAUAUAAAAAUGGUUUCGGUUUACCAGAACAAGAUUUCUGGGUUGGAAAUGACUUUAUCCAUCUGUUAACUAAAGAAAACAACUCAUCCUUGUAUGUGUCCAUCACUCUCCUGAAUGGUACAACGCUGUAUGAAAUGUACGACCGAUUCUCUGUGUCUGACGAAGCAGGGAAAUAUCAACUCUUUCUUGCAGGACCUGCCACGGGGACUUUAGGAGACAGCAUGUUAAGCUAUAAUCUGUCUGGGAUGUUCUUCUCCACCCCGGACAGAGACAGCAUGUUAAGCUAUAAUCUGUCUGGGAUUUUUUUCUCCACCCCGGACAGAGAUAACGACUGGUCCCCUGGUAACUGUGCUGCUCACAGUAACAUUAGGGGAGGGUGGUGGUUUAACUGGUGCCAUUGGGCCUUCCUUAACGUUCAAUGGUCCCCGGAGUACUGGGAAAGCCCAUGGUAUCCCACAGUACAGAAUGGGACGUCGGUGAAUGGAACCACCAUGAUGAUAAAGCGAUACUAG